AUUCGUUCAUAAGACAAAAAAUGUACAUUAUCAACAAACCAAAAAAAGAAAAAGACGAUUCAUUUGAACAAUAGUCGUUUGUUAUAAUUCAAUGAUCAAACAUCAUCAUGCAACAUUUUCUAGUUGGAUAUACAAAUCAUCCACCAUUCGUUCGGCCACAUCUUGAAAAUAAACAAAAUGAUAUUUGGAUUGUUCGUGGUGGUGCUGAUUAUCAUUUGAUCAAUGUAUUAAGUCGUAAAUAUAAUUUUACCUAUGAAUUUAUUUAUAUGCAUAAUCAAUAUGAAUUACUUAUGAAUGAUUUUGAUCAUAAUACUAUUGAUCCAUCAAUACGUCUUAGUUUGAAUGAUAAUAAGACAAUCGAUAUUGGUAUCGGUGGUUGGACAUUAACAUAUGAAAGAUCAAAAAAUGUUGAACAUCUUUAUCCAUAUCUAGUGGAACAAACAUCAAUAAUGACUGCUGUACCAGAAUAUCAUCAACCAAAUCCCGGGCAAUUAUUCGAACCAUUUGAUUCAUUCAUAUGGUUAGGUGUUUUUGGUUCACUUAUUCUAUUCUUUUUAUUGGGUCGUUUUGGUCAAUGUUUUAAAAAAUCAAAUUCAAAGAAUUUUAAUUUAUUCUGGAUACAGAUACAGGUUUUAUUUCGUCAACCAGUACAUCAUUUAUGGUUUCGUGAACCAUAUGAAACAAAUGAUCGUUUAUUAAUAUUAUCAAUUUGGAUGUUUAUCGUUAUGAUAUUAAGUAGUGCAUAUGGUGGUUGUUUAUUUUCAAUAAUGACAAUACCACAUCAUAAUAAUAUCGAUACAAUCGAUGAAUUGGUUGAACAAUGUAAUCAAAAUCGUAUAAUAGUAUUGGUUGAAAAUGGUACAGCAUCAAUGAUUGAAAUUCAAACAAGUCAACGAUCAUUGAUGACCAUUCUAAAUAAACAUUUACAAGUUGUACAAUAUCAACUUUGGGCAGCUGAAAUGAUAUUGAAUGCAAGUAUGGAAAAUGAUAAUGGUAAUGAUCAUCAUAAUCAACGAUAUGCAUUCAUUCAACAAUAUACAAUGCUGAAACAUUUACAAAUGAUAUAUGGUCGACAUCGUUUAUAUCUACCGAAAUCAAAUAAUGAUCAUUCAUCAUUAAUCAAAACAUUAAAUGUAAUAUUAUUACGAAAAUCAUUUCCAUUAGCAAGAGAAUUUGAUAAAAUUAAUUCACGUUUAUUCAAUGCUGGUUUAUAUCAAUUAUGGUUGGAAAGAGAAUUUCUGCAAAACAAAUCCAUAAGUCAAUCGAUUGUUGAUUCAGUUUCAUUGGAUAAUAAUAAUAAUAGUACUGAAAAUUCUGAAAUAGAAGAAAAAGAAAAAUCUUAUGAAAUAACAGGUGAAACAUAUACAAAUGAAUAUUAUCAUAAUCGUCGUAUUCAAACAUUAAGUUUGGAACAAUUAACCAUUUUCUUUUAUCUAUAUCUAUGUUUAAUAUUUGUUUGUUUGUUAAUAUUUUUUGUUGAAUGUAUUUGGUUAUUGUAAUUCUAGUUUUAAAUCAUCAAAUUUCAGGUACAUAAAUUUUGUACAUUAUUUUCCAAAG